UCUCCUCUCACAAGGAUGUUAGUAUGUUACCCCCCUGCAAUAUGCUUCCUUUUAUAUAUAGCUCUUUAUUAGAAGCAUGUACUUGAUAUUACCUAAUAUCAGAUGCACCUCCCCUUUCCUAUGCCACAACUUUGCCUCGUUACUUAUAGGCCAUUUUUCCGUCGUUUGUACCACUUUCUUUCAAUUUGUUCUCCAUUGAUUACUUCCCUCAUAUACUACACAACUUUACAAUAUCUCCCCCAAAACAAAACUUUCCUAAAUCAUUCAUCAAAAUAGAAUCCAGAGACAAUCCUAAACCACAAACUUGAAUGGUAAAAUCCAUUAGUAACUACGCCUCUAAUUUCAUGCCGUCUCUUCCUACACCGUCAUCAUCGACUGCGCGCUACACGCAACUCGCGCACGCGAUCCAUUCUUUGUUUAUAUUGUUCCUUUCUUCUUCCUUCGGCUCCAACAAACAAGCUUGGUACUACCGUUGCCUUGGUCUAGACCCCUAAAAAACUCCACCAUAUAUCCUUUGAUUUUUCACCAAAAUAUUCAUUAGAAAAACAAAAAGAACCCGACGAAAAAUAAAGAAUGAAUAGAAACGCGUCAUAAAAUAAGAUGAUUUUCUCAAGCGAGAAGCAAAAGAGUAGUAUUAUGAAAAAGAGCAACUGUUUUGAUUGUCACAAAGAGAAUAUCAACAACAAUAAACGGUUUCUGAUAAUUGUGAACGUGCUAGGAAGUGCGGGCCCACUGAAAUUUGUAGUCAACGAGGAAGAUCUUGUGGGCGGAGUUAUUGAAAUUGCUUUGAAAAUUUAUGAUAAAGAAGGUCGCCUCCCAGCUUUGGGUUCGGACAAUACCAAAUUUCUGAUUUAUUGCGCUAAUGCUGGAUCUGAUGCACUCAGCCCUUGGGACGAGAUAGGUUCAUGUGGAUCCAGGAACUUUGUGUUAUGCAAGAAGCCAGAGCAGCAACCAAACAUGACUGAGUCAAGGUCUCACUUGAUUUCACGAAAGAGAUCAGCGAAUUGGAAAUCAUGGUUCAACAAAUCAUUGAGCUUCAAGAUAUCAUCACACUAAUAGAAGAGUCCUGUGUUUUAUUACUUCCAAGCCUCUACUUAUGGUGUUUGAAGAAAAAAAAGAGUUUACUAGCUUCGUCAAAAACAUUUAUCAGUAUAUAUGUAUAAUUUGAACGACUAACAUAGCAUUAUAUCUGAAUUGAGUUACUUAUAGUAAACUUAUAUGUACUUACAACAUUUGAAAUCUCUGUCAUGUUUUUUUUUAC